CCUUGGUGAGGUCUGUGAGGGUAUUUUUUUGCUUUUACCAUUUAGGUCUCUUCUAGCUUUAGGCUUUUUUUUUUUUUUUUUGAGAAAUAGGCUUUGUUAAUAUUGCUGCUAUUAGUGUUUACAUAUUGUUAAUGAAGAGCUGAUGCAAUCAUUGUUGCCUUUAAAUGUACGAGUGAAUACAUCUAAAAAUUGAUUUCUGACUUGUAUUGUGCUUUUGAUUCUUCUCACAGCAUUCAAUAUUAAAACCUUUCAUGCUACGUCGAGUUAAAACAGAUGUAGUUUCAGAGCUUACCAGGAAAACAGAGAUCACAGUGCACUGCAAAUUGAGUUCACGACAACAAGCUUUUUAUCGAGCUAUCAAGAACAAGAUAUCUCUUUCUGAGUUAUUUGAAAACAAUCGUGGACAACUUAAUGACAAAAAACUCCUUAAUUUAAUGAAUAUUGUCAUUCAGCUAAGGAAGGUCUGUAAUCAUCCAGAGUUAUUCGAAAGGAGUGAGGGAAGCACAUAUCUCUUCUUUGGUGAGAUUCCCAUCGCCCUUUUGCCUGCCCCCUUUGGGGAAUUGGAGGAUGUACACUACUCAGGAGGUCGCAAUCCUAUAAUAUUCAAGGUUCUUUUUAUAGCUGCUUUGUUUUAAUAUACAUAACUAUGCAAAAUCUCUUGUAUUGUUAUUAUUCUUUUCAAAUAAGCUC